AUCGCCUCAUUCCCAAACCUUUGUUGAGAGAGCUUCACAGUUUCCACCAAGAUGCAGAUCUUCGUGAAAACCCUAACGGGGAAGACGAUAACCCUCGAGGUUGAGUCUUCCGACACCAUCGACAACGUCAAGGCCAAGAUCCAGGACAAGGAAGGAAUUCCCCCGGAUCAGCAGCGUCUCAUUUUCGCCGGCAAGCAGUUGGAAGACGGCCGCACUCUCGCCGACUACAACAUCCAGAAGGAGUCCACUCUCCAUCUCGUGCUCCGUCUUCGUGGUGGCGCAAAGAAGCGUAAGAAGAAGACCUACACCAAGCCAAAGAAGAUCAAGCACAAGCACAGGAAGGUGAAGCUUGCGGUGCUUCAGUUUUACAAGGUGGAUGAUUCCGGAAAGGUGCAGAGGCUGAGGAAGGAGUGUCCUAAUGCGGAGUGUGGUGCCGGGACUUUCAUGGCGAAUCAUUUUGAUCGUCAUUAUUGUGGUAAGUGUGGGCUUACCUAUGUUUACCAGAAGGCUGAAGCUUGAGUAUUGGAUUUCUAGUGUUUUGAUUUUGUUUUUGUUGAACUUUUGAAUGUUUUGGAUUUAAUUUAAUAGCUUUAUUUUGAGACUUUUGUUAUGUUGCUUAGUUGAUUAAAUAUAAAUCAGAUUUUGCUCUGUUUUGAAUUA